UUUUAAAAAACCUACUUAAUGCUAUUUCGUAAGACCUAAUUCAGUAUUGGUUAAAUCUAAUUAUAUUUCUUAUCUAAAGAAAUAUUGCGGAAAUAACUUAAGUGUUUUGGAUCACUAGAAUAAUCAUAAACCAAAUUUAAGUUUAUUAAUGAUGUCUGAACAACGCAAUCAUGUUAAAGAUGGUGUGAUUGAUUUUAUUGCUGGAUGUUUAGGUGGAAUAGCAUUAGUUUAUGUAGGACAACCAUUAGACACAGUAAAGGUUAAGUUACAAACAUUUCCCCUUUUCUAUAAUGGAAUGGUGGAUUGUUUCAAGAAAACGUAUAUCCAGGAUGGAAUUGUAAGAGGAUUAUAUGCUGGCACAGUGCCUGCACUAGCAACAAAUGUAGCUGAAAAUUCAGUUUUAUUUUUAUGCUAUGGAUUCUGUCAAAAGAUUAUUAUCAAAAGUACAGGUGCUGAAUCUGCUGAAGAACUAAGUACACUGUCCAAUGCUUCUGCUGGCUUUUUAGCUUCAUUUUUUUCGUCGAUAGCAAUCACUCCGACUGAAUUAAUAAAAUGUAAACUUCAAGCAAUGCGAGAAGUUAGUAAACAGUCACAUGCUGGUACAAAUUUAAAUUAUAUAGGUCCUUUGAAUUUAACUAGAAAUAUAUUCAAGAAUGAAGGAGUUGUAGGAUUAUUUCGAGGUCUAGUGCCAACAUUAGCCAGAGAAAUGCCCGGCUACUUUUUCUUUUUUGGCGGUUAUGAGGGUACCAGAGAAUUAUUACGACGCCCUGGCCAGAAAAAGGACGAUAUUGGAUUAUUUAAAACGAUGUUAGCCGGAGGUGUUGGCGGUGGAGUUUUCUGGGUUACCACUUUUCCAUUUGAUGUUGCCAAAUCGCGCAUUCAAGUUAAUAGUCUAAGUGACAGUUUAGUUUCAACAUUAUCAACUAUAGCAAAACAUGAGGGCGUUGGCGCAUUGUAUAAAGGGUUAACGCCUACACUAUUGCGGACAAUUCCAGCUACAGCCACAUUGUUUGCUACUGUAGAAUACUCUAAGAAAUUUUUCCAUUAUGUGUGUAAAGAUAUAUAGCAUUCAUGGAGUGGGUAAUAACUAGGUAAAACAUAAGGGUGGGAAUAUACAAUUCAAUAACAUUCUAAGAAUAGUAAUUUAAAACUUAUUUUGAUAUUUGUCUCACUGCCAGAUUUGUUUAAAACUAAAAUUUUUUAUAAAUACAGGUCAUAGUUAUUUUAUUUAUUAAAUAAACCUUAGACGUGAAGGUAUACUGAGUUUUUACUGAAAUAAGUCAUAUUCCAUGGCAAAUAUCAAAUUUUAUUUUUUAUGAUAAUUUAAUUAUUAAUUUAGAAUAGUACCGUAUGACCGAAUAAAAACGGCGUCAGCGAUGGCUAUGAAAUGAUGAUCGAUGACAUUUCCGAUA